CUCGUCAGCCGUCCGGAGGGGAGGCGGAUCACUGCCGUCGCGUCAUCUCCCACGUCGCCGCCCGCCUCCAUCCAUCUCUCCGUGGAAGCCGGCGAGAAGGACGAGAUCGAUGGCGAAGAGCGCCGCCGGGCCCGGACGCCUCCUCGCCCUCGCGGCCGUGCUCCUCCUGCUCGCGGGCGCGGGCGCGGGCGCGGGGCACGACGACGCGGCGGCGCGGCGGACGAUGGAGGAGUUCGCCGGCUUCCCGGCGUCCGACGACGGCGAUGGGGGCCUCUCGUACUCGUACUCGUCCUCGUCGUCGCUCUACGUCGACUCCGACGGCCUCCAGCGUCAGAUAGAUGAGCUGGCUUCGUUCUCCGACUCGCCGGCGCCGUCGGUGACCCGCGUUCUGUACAGCGACCAGGACGUGCAAGCUCGACGGUAUAUAAAAGGGAUAAUGAAGCAGCUUGGCCUGGCCAUUCAAGAAGAUGCCGUUGGCAAUAUAUUCGGGCGCUGGGAGGGUUCUGAAGCAGGACUAGGAGCAGUUGCAACUGGUUCUCAUGUUGACGCCAUCCCAUUCUCAGGCAAAUAUGAUGGGGUGGUUGGUGUCCUGGGUGCUCUUGAGGCAAUUAGCAUGCUGAAAAGGUCUGGAUUCCAGCCAAAAAGGUCUUUGGAGGUUAUUAUGUUUACAUCGGAAGAGCCUACAAGAUUUGGAAUUAGCUGCUUGGGAAGCCGCUUAAUGGCAGGGAGUGAAGAACUCGCUCAGGCCCUCAAAGAAACAUUUGACAAUCAGAAUGUGUCAUUUUUUGAUGCUGCAGACUCUGCUGGCUAUAAGAUGCAUCCUGAGGACCUACAUAAUGUGUUUUCGAAGAAAGACAAGUAUUUUGCUUUUAUAGAAUUGCAUAUUGAACAGGGACCCAUUUUGGAAAAAGAAGGUAUUCAAAUUGGCGUUGUUACUGCUAUUGCUGCCCCUGCAAGUAUUAAGGUGGAGUUUGAAGGAAACGGGGGUCAUGCUGGAGCAGUGCUCAUGCCUGCAAGAAAUGAUGCUGGACUGGCGGCAGCUGAAUUGGCAUUAGCAGUUGAGAAACACGUUUUGGAAUCUGGAUCAAUUGAUACUGUUGGAACAGUUGGUAUUCUGCAGCUACAUCCAGGAGCUAUCAAUAGCAUCCCAAGUAAAUCACAUGUGGAAAUUGAUGUGAGAGACAUUGAUGAGAAGAGGAGGAAUAAUGUUAUUGAGAAGGUUCGCCAAUCCGCAAUUGAGAUAUCAAAGAACCGUGGCGUGGUGCUGUCAGAGUUUAAGGUCAUAAAUCAGGAUCCACCUGCUCUAUCUGACAAAUCAGUCAUCAGGGCAAUGGAAUUUGCUGCAAAACAGUUGAAUCUGGAAUAUAAGUUGAUGAUUAGCAGAGCUUAUCAUGAUUCACUCUUCAUGGCCAGAAUAUCACCAAUGGGAAUGAUCUUCAUCCCAUGUUACAAAGGUUACAGUCACAAGCCCGAAGAAUAUGCAUCCCCGGAGGACAUGGCGAACGGUGUCAAGGUGCUAGCCUUGACAAUGGCCAGAUUAUCCCUGCAGUGAGCUCAAGCAUGGAGGAAGGAAUCAAGAGUUCAGAAGCACCCAAACACCUUCGUUUUCCAGCAAGUGAAACACGAUGUACAGCAGUUGCUCGCAUGGCCUUCUCCGCGUCAGACGUCGAUGCAAAACAAAGCCAUAGCUCAUUCUUCAGGAAUAAGAAUAACAACAUUUGGAUGGUCAGAAAACUGGUCCGUAUUUUUCAGAGAGGAAAUAAAAUAAAUUUCUGAUGGCGUCACCAUGAA